AUGAUCUUAUUAUUAGGUCCUAUUAUUGGCGGAUUUCUGACUAUCAGCAAUAACACGUGGCGCACCACUUUCUGGUUCUGCUUUGCUUUUGGUGCCCUUGUCGUUAUUGUUUCAUUCAUUUCCCUGCCAGAAACAUUUCGUGACAGCAAAAGGUUUGAUGUGGAGGAAAAGCUCCCUACAGCAGCAAUAUCAUCAGCAACUAUAAUAACAGCAGAGACAUCAUCCACGUCGGUGGACACAGCAACGAUCAACAAAAAUGAAAUCCAGCAACAAGAAACCGAAGCAAGAAAGAAGAAAGUGAUUAACCCGCUCCGUCCAAUUUUACUGUUAUGCUACCCUCACAUUUCGUUGACCUCUCUGGCCGCCGGCGUCGCAUUUGCGGGUAUGUUUACUGUCAAGACCAUUGUUCCGACACUGUCUGAACAAAAGCACCACUUCGCUUGGCAAGUAAGCUUAAGCUAUUCAGGUGCAGGUUGCGGCCACUUACUUGGUGCCCUUAUUAAUGGUCAACUUUCGGAUCGAUUGCUCUUGUCGUCACGAACCAAACGUGGCGGACGACACAAAGUGGAAGAUCGCAUCACAAUAAAUAUCUGGCCGUGUUGCUUGAUAUUUAUUCCUGGUAGAUUACUACUUUUCGGCUGGAGCAUCAAUAAUAAUCUCACCUACUGGUCAGCUAUUAUUGGUUUCGGCAUUCAAUGCUUUGGUGUAAACCAAAUCACGUCAGCUAUGGGUGCCUAUUGGUCCGAUGCGAUACACCCUAGCCAGGCGGCUUCAGCUAAUGCAGCAGGAGUCUUUAGCUCGAUGGUACUUGGCUGCUGUUUAAGCCUUACUGCUCCUCCAAUGAUUGACAGAAUUGGUUUUGGAUACUAUUCAGUUUUCCUCGCUGGACUCAGUUGGCUCUCGGCUGGUCUCUUACUUAUAGUCAAGCUGUACGGGCAAAGAAUCCGUCGUCAUUUCGGUUUUGAACAAAAUGUAGAACGAAAAGAUUGA